ACAGGCGAGUACUGGGACGGAAACAAUGCAGGUCACCCAAAACGAUUCUAAUCUUGUUGUUCUUUCCAUUAUAAGUCAGCUGUCGUGUGUGAUCAAACUUUUCCUCCUUUGGAGAAAGCAUGCGAUAGAACUAUCAGACUGCAAGCAAGUGGAAGAUAAAGGGGAACAAGCUGGUGGGUUGUUGGGUGUUUUGGGAGUUUAAGAACUUCGAUUCCUCUUAUCAUUCCAACAUUUCUCUUCAAGGAGUAAUUUAAAAAUAAUGGCAAUUAACCUUCUGAUUAAGCAGCUGUUCUUGAGAUAAAGGGUCCUUAGCCCUGUUAGGGCAAGCCGCAGCAUGAAGUGUUAUUGAUAGUUGAUAAACUUCUGAUAUGUGAAUGAGAUAGUGGCAAAAGGAGGCGGAGACAACAGUGCACCCUUUGGGUAUAUAGGCAGGGAGCCUGGGACUCCAACCUCAGCCCGGUGUCCAGGACUGAACCGGGGGGACUGUUUAGAAACUGCUUGCACAAGAAGAGCAUCAUGAAGUGGCUGAUCCUCGCCUUGGUGUGUCUCCACCUCUCAGAGGGGAUGGUGAGAAUUCCCCUGAAGAAAUUCAAAUCCAUGCGGGAGGUGAUGAAGGAGAAGGGCGUACUCAGGGACUACCUGAAGAACCACAAGUCUGACCCAGCCAGCAAGUACUUCAACAACUUUGCUGUUGCCUAUGAGGCCCUGGUUAACUACCUGGAUAUGUCCUACUAUGGGGCGAUCAGCAUUGGAACCCCACCCCAGAGCUUCCUGGUUCUCUUCGACACCGGCUCCUCCAACCUGUGGGUGCCCUCGACGUACUGCCAGAGCCAGGCCUGCACCACCCACACUCUGUUCAACCCCAGUGACUCCUCCACUUACUCUUCCAAUGGACAGACCUUCUCUCUGCAGUACGGCAGUGGCAGUCUCACUGGAGUCUUUGGCUAUGACACCGUGACAAUCCAGGACGUUUCCAUCACAAAACAGGAAUUUGGCCUGAGUGAGACUGAGCCUGGUACCGACUUUGUCUAUGCUCAGUUCGAUGGGAUCCUCGGUCUGGGUUUCCCUGCCAUUGCUGCUGGUGGUGCCACUACUGUGAUGCAAGGUCUGAUCCAGGAGAACCUCCUCAGUGCCCCGCUCUUCAGCUUCUACCUGAGUGGGCAAGAGGGCAUUCAGGAUGGUGGUGAACUUCUCUUUGGAGGGAUUGACUCCAAUUUGCACUCUGGUCAGAUUGUCUGGACGCCUGUCACCCAGGAUGCUUAUUGGCAAAUUGGAAUUGAAGGUUUCUCUGUUGACGGACAGUCCACUGGCUGGUGUAGCAGUGGCUGCCAGGGGAUUGUGGACACUGGAACUUCCCUCCUCACUGCUCCACAGGCGGUUUUUUCGCAGUUGAUGGAGGACAUUGGCGCUCAGGAGAACAGCGAUGGAGAGUACACGGUUAGCUGCAGCAGCAUUGACAGCCUGCCUACCAUCUCCUUCACCAUCAGUGGAACCAGCUUCCCGCUGAGCCCCUCUGCCUACGUGCUCCCGAGCAAUAGCACCGAGUGCGUCGUGGGCAUCUCACCCACUUACCUGCCAUCCCAGAACGGGCAGCCCCUCUGGAUCCUGGGUGACGUCUUCCUCAGGGCAUAUUACUCUGUUUACGAUGUAGGCAACAGUCAGGUGGGCUUUGCCCCAGCAGCGUAAGUGCCGCCGACUGUCUUCCACGCUGCUCCGAACUGUCUCCUGCCUCUGCUCCAACCUGCUGGGCUGUGACACUCUGGCCCCCGCAUGCCUCUUGCCAAGGAUUUUGAACAUCUCUCUGUACUGAACUUUUGCAAAUUUCUGAAGCCUCUCUCCGGUGAAUUCUGGGCUCCCCUUCGAAGGUGACUGCAAAUAAAUA